AGUCGCCGUCUCGCCGCUUUGAGAAGGUAGACGUAUUUCAAUCAAAUCGCCUCCAUCUUGAUUCUCUACUAACCUGGCUUCUUCCGUGGAAAAUAAAAGUUAGAAUUUUUAUUUUUUAUUUUUCGGAAUACAUUGGUGUGAAAAGGACUCAAAUUCAUCGUCAAAAUUGUGUGUAACCAGUUAUUUAGUGCCGGAAAGGUAUUUAUUAAAUCGGUGUACACUCAAACGUAUGUCUAUCGCCGAUACGCUUGUAAUAUAAAAGGAAAAAUGACAUUACCAAGUAGUGCACGAGUCUAUGCCGAUGUGAAUGCACACAAACCACGUGAAUAUUGGGACUAUGAAAGCUACGUCGUCGAUUGGGCCAAUCAAGAUGACUAUCAGCUAGUCAGAAAGCUGGGACGAGGAAAGUACAGUGAGGUGUUCGAGGCGAUCAAUGUGACCAACAGUGAAAAAUGUGUGGUUAAGAUUCUGAAGCCAGUCAAAAAGAAAAAAAUCAAACGGGAAAUAAAGAUUUUGGAGAAUCUACGCUUCGGCACGAAUAUUAUAUCGUUGUUGGCUGUGGUAAAAGAUCCUGUAUCACGUACACCGGCUCUUAUCUUUGAGCAUGUUAACAACACCGAUUUCAAACAAUUGUAUCAAACACUAACUGAUUAUGAUAUUCGAUUCUAUUUGUAUGAGCUAUUGAAAGCGCUCGACUAUUGUCACAGUUUGGGCAUUAUGCAUCGUGACGUGAAGCCACACAACGUCAUGAUUGACCAUGAAAAUCGAAAGUUGCGUCUCAUCGAUUGGGGUUUGGCUGAAUUCUAUCAUCCUGGUCAAGAGUACAAUGUGCGCGUUGCCAGUCGAUAUUUCAAAGGUCCCGAACUAUUAGUUGAUUAUCAAAUGUAUGAUUAUUCAUUGGACAUGUGGUCGCUGGGAUGUAUGCUAGCAUCAAUGAUCUUUCGCAAAGAGCCAUUUUUCCACGGACAUGACAACUACGAUCAAUUGGUGCGAAUCGCAAAGGUAUUAGGCACUGAAGAGCUUUAUGCAUACCUGGAUAAGUAUAAUAUAGACCUGGAUCCACGUUUCAACGAUAUUUUGUCACGACAUUCACGUAAGCGAUGGGAGCGAUUCGUUCACUCGGACAACCAGCACUUGGUGUCACCCGAAGCGCUAGAUUUUCUUGAUAAACUGUUACGUUAUGAUCAUUACGAACGCUUAACAGCACGUGAAGCCAUGGAACAUCCAUACUUUACGCCAGUCGUAAACGGUGCAAUCGCCUCAUCAAAUUCAACAGCAAAAGCACCAGAUCAAUAAUAAUAUUAAAAAUUUUCAAUAUUUUUAUUAAUGAUAAAAAAAAAA